GGUAAAAGCUUUAAUAUAGACAUUGCAAAAUUUUGUUCUAUCAUAUUGUAGUGAUGGUAGUGUGAACUGAGGGGUAUUUGAUUAUAAAGUGAAAAUAUUCCAAAGAUCUUACGGCUUGGGGCAAAAAUUUAUAUCUCUUGUGUACACUUGAAUAGUUAUUGUUUUUCCUAGUAUCAGUGAAACAGGACAUGUUUUAAGGGGGAGACUUGACUUACUGAUGUUCAACAGGACAAUAUUAUUUACUUUCAAGACUUUUUCUACCUUAUUUGGAGAGUUUUAAGUGGUUUAUGCGGAGCUCAAGUUAAUUACUCAGGAAAUCUGGACAAUAAGUGAUAGCUGAAUAAUUAUUUAGUUAGUACAAAUCGAAAGUGCAUUAUGCAUCAGUUUAUACGCUGACAGGAACUGAUUAUCUGAUAAUAUUUUCGAUGUAUUGAUCGGAGAGUUUUAUAAAACGAGGACACACUUCCCAGUGUGGUUGAUCAACUAAGCUGAUAUCAUUUACAGAGUGUACAUACCUCGUGUCACAUCAUAUUUGUUUCCGUAUCGUCUUUAUGUCAUGUUAUUUUUUUUCUGCGGAUAGAUAAUCGGGAGUUUACUAUUUAAUCAUAAUUUAAUGUCCUGCUGACGUUUGGGUUUAUUCAGUCGAGCUCCGUGUGAUCCAUCGCCAACACUGACUUGGAAUCGAGUCAUCACAUCAGUGCUAUUUUUAGAAACUCUACGAGAGGAAGUGUGAAUACCAAUACUUAUUGCUCACAAUAUAAUAUGCUCAGUGAUCGCCGUGCAGGUGUAUAAUGUACGUAGCUUACAGUUACCCUCUCGGACAGCCAGCUAUCCCAGCUUUAGGAGCUCACACACCGAUCGCCACAGAAUUACCACCACACCAGUUUUUGACCGCUGUCACAUCGCCGUCCAUUGCUGACCCCUACCUGGUACCAGUCACAGCAGCGCCACAACCGCUACAAGCCACCGCUGCUGCAUAUCAACCUCUUACUUUAGCUGUUUGCCGAAAGCGAGGCUCAGACGAACUCAUGUCUCACAGUCCAAUGGUUACGACAAAUGGUACAGGGCUCAGUCCCUCACAGAAUGAAGUCAAUGAUGCCAAAAAGGUGAAGCUUGAAAACACAACAAACACAACGCCGUCCAAGGUGAUCCAUUUACGGAGCUUACCUAAUGAUGUCACAGACUCCGAGGUCGUACAGCUGGGUAUACCGUUCGGCAAAAUGUCAAAUGUCUUGUUACUUAAACAGAAAAAUCAGGCUUUCUUAGAGUUUGAGGACGAGUCUGUGGCAACAACAUUUGUAAAUUACUACACAAAGAUGCCGUGUCAAAUACGUGGCAAACAGGUCUACGUUCAGUUCUCGCAACAUAAAGAACUCAAAACAGAUCAGGCACAUUCAUUUCAGAACCAAGCAUCACAGGCAGCUUUGCAGGCGGCACAGCAGGCUCUAAUGGGAAACGGGGACAGUGACGGGGUCAAGAAAACUGUCCUUCGUGUUAUAGUAGAGAAUCUAGUCUAUCCUGUCACUAUAGAGGUUCUUCAUCAGAUCUUUAGCAAAUUUGGUAAAGUGUUAAAAAUGAUCAUCUUCACAAAAAACAACACAUUCCAGGCGUUGAUCCAGUUUGGCGAUUCUGUGUCGGCCAAUGCAGCGAAACUGUCUUUGGAUGGACAGAACAUAUAUAAUGGCUGCUGUACACUGCGUAUAGAUUACAGUAAACUUGGUCAACUAAAUGUACGGUACAAUAACGACAAGAGUCGAGAUUUCACGAAUCAUAAUUUACCGAGCGGCGAUCCCGGUCUCGAUCAGGCCAUGGCUUACAAUCCAGGAGGUCAUCCGGGAAUAAUGGUUGCAACGAUGCCGGGAUAUAGUCCGGCGCCACAACUAACCCUAGGAGCCGCAGGCCUUGGGAGCCAAGCACAGCUUUGUGCCUCUGGCAUGCCAGGUCUUGCAGCAGAUGCUAUGGUGAUGUCAUCUACAGGCCAGUUAGUGCCAGUCAUGGACACCUUACUCACACCAAGUCCAGGACCCCAAGGGAUGGGUAACAUGGGCGGCAUGGGAGGUAUGGGUAUGUCUGGAGGAAUGAUGGGAAUGCAGGGAUUGAACUUCGGACUCCAGAACACAAUGGCAGGGAGACUUGGUAUUCCCGGCAUGCAGCAGCAACAGAUGGGCAGCAGCGUGAUCCUCGUCUCAAAUCUCGAUGAACAGGUCACGCCCGAGGCUCUUUUUACCCUCUUUGGUGUUUAUGGGGAUGUACACCGGGUGAAGAUUUUGUUCAACAAGAAAGACAAUGCCUUAAUACAGAUGGCCGACCCCCACCAAGCUCAAUUAGCGAUAGCACAUCUAGAUAAACAGAAAGUGUGGGGAAAACAGAUACGAGUCACUCAGUCCAAACAUUCAUUAGUGCAAAUGCCCAAGGAUGGGCAGCCAGACGCAGGAUUGACCAAAGAUUUUACCCAAUCACCUUUACAUAGAUUUAAGCGACCAGGGUCCAAAAACUGUCAGAAUAUAUUCCCUCCAUCCGCUGUACUUCACCUCUCAAACAUUCCGCCAACUGUAACAGAAGAAGAGCUUACUGAAAGUUUCUCACAGCACGGGGAAGUUAAAGCAUUCAAAUUUUUCCAAAAAGACAGACGCAUGGCUUUAAUAGAAAUGCAGACCGUAGAAGAAGCUAUAGUAGCGCUCAUUGCUAUGCAUAACUACCCACUGAGUGACUCCAAUCAUUUGAGAGUAUCAUUCUCAAAGUCCACCAUUUAGCUGAGCUUACAUAAUAACACAUCAUUGUUAGUACAGACCAAGUCAUGAAUCAUCAUAAUACAUGGAUAGUUACACCUCUUACAUGGCCUCAACUUAUAUCUUUAUCAUGAAAUACAAGCAUGAAAAAAAAUCCAUGCGGAAAAUGCUCACAGAGAGGAAAAGCCGUGAACAAGUACUUACACGAGAAAAAAAAGCUGGGAAGAAGUACUAACAGGGGAAAAUUGGUGAUUGUAUUAAAUGAAAAAACAAUCUACAAACAUUAGAAAACUUAUAGUGAAAUUGUUAUAAUAUGGACUAAUUCAAUUAUUUUUAAUGUAUUUUUAAUGCAUACAUGUACAAAUUAUAGUUAUGAAUUCAUCUACAUAGAAGUUAUCAUUUCCUUGGACUGGAUUUUUUUAAUGGUCUUUGUGAGAUUGCAAUUGUACAGGAAUAUUUUGGUAUAUUGAACUAUUUAACCCUUAACCUAUUGGAACUUGAAAUAAUUUGCCUUGGCCGCCAGUAUAGAGCCGGGCCAGUCUGCACAUCGGUGAAUUCUGACCAGUACUCCAUACUAAUAGCUGCUUAACUUCUAAAUUUCAUCUGGAUAUCCCUAAAAUUGAUAAUGGACAGUUCCAGAAAUGGAAAACCAGUCAAGUCUAUUUUUAGAACUUCCAGUCAAAUCUAUUUUUAGAACUUCAGCAGGUUAAGGGUUAAGGAUGCUAUAUUUGUUUUUGAGUCGGUAGAUGAUUUGUUAAGUUAUUUUAUGAUAAAGAUGUAGAAAACAUGAUGGGAGACUACUCAUGUAUCAUUAUAUAAAAUUUUUGGCUACUAAGUGCCUUCCAAGUUUCAUAGUUACAAUUUUUUAUGUUGUCAUUUUUGUGUUGACACGUUGCAGAGUUCUAUCAAAGUUGUUGUUAAUGUAUAUUAAUUAAGUUUCGUGUUAUAUUUUUUCUUUUUUUUUGUGGAUAUAAAGAAAUACAAAGGGACUUGGAGCUACGGGUUGACUGCAAUUUACAAAAUGAAAAUCAAAUGCAAUAUUGUUAUAUUUUACAUGUAGGUGUCAUUCUGUACUUCCCUAACUUUAGCUACAGUCUGUAGAUGCCUAACUGAUGUUCAUUCUUAUUGCCUAACUUGAGUCAAUUCUUUGCAUACUUCUGUAGUCAUUUUAAAUUAUAUGAAUAAUAACUGUCCAAGUAAUAUUCAAAUUCGAAGAAA